AUGUCUGUGCUGGAAGAAGUAUUGCUUGUGUCGAAAGAUCCCUUGGCUUACCAAAAAAAUGGGGUUUACGUCUUGCCAGACGAAUUUGAAGCCCCCCUGGACGUGGACCAAGGCGAUGCUAUUUUGUUGUAUCAGUUGACUGAAAAUAUGGAACUAGAGGGCCAACAGUUCGCAUAUCUUAAAGAUUGUUUUCAACGGGUGCAACAGCAGAAGCGCGUUGCCAAAAAAUCACAGCAGCAGGUGAGUCAAACGUUACUGGAAAUUGAGCGUUUGGUGCUUGGAUACGGUCUGGUGUUGUUUCAGAUCGAGGAGUUCUCACCGGGCGAAGAAAACUUUCUGAGCUAUACGACCCAGAUUGUCAACCAGGUGGACCAAUACAUCGAUUUCAUAUCGCAGCUAAUCCAGCGCGCUAUGCAAGAAGAGUCGGUUUUGGAGUUUACCGAAAGCUUUUUAAUAUCCUUGAAGCUAUACAUCGACUCACUCAAACUGUUCAACUUGAACGACUCGCACAUUGUUUCGGCCGUGCUCACGCUAUUCGAGCUCCUGGUUUCGUUCAAAUCCGUCGCCGCCAUUUUCACCAAAGUGAGCGGAUUUUUCGCCGAUUAUGACGUGAAGCCAAAUCAAUAUGAGAAAGUUACGUUGUUGGGACCCAUAUUAACGCUGUCUCCGCUUAAUGCCAGUGUUGCGCUACAAAAUUACGGCGAUAACCUGGAACGAUCUCGACAGCAAACAAAUGUCAUUCACGAGUCAUUGCAAACCGAGCAUAAGAUGAUUCUGGACCGUCUCUUUUACAUUAUAGACAAGAUUGUAAGGGGUUCAGAUGAGUCCCGUUCAGAUUUGUUGACGUAUUUCGCCCAAAUAAUCAACAAAAAUCACCUGCGGAGAGGUGACCACGCGAAUGCUAAUAAGUUAGCGUCCAAUGCUUUCGUCACAAAUAUUGCACUGUUACUAGUGCGCUUCUCACAGCCAUUUUUGGAUGUUUCCUUCAAGAAGAUUGAUAAAAUUGACGUCAAUUACUUCAACAAUCUCAACCUCUAUCUGGACCUUUCGAAUGAAACACGCAUGAACUCUGAUUUUAAGGAGGCUGACGAAUUUUACGAUCAAAAUAAAAAAAGCGAGGAAAACAAGCCAAAUUUCAUUUCGGAUUGUUUCUUUCUUACAUUAGCAUACUUGCAUUACGGUAUUGGCGGAGCGAUACUUUACGAGGAAAAAGUUACUCCGCAAGUUAGGCGUAUGAGGGAAGAAGUGACCAGAAUUAAGAGAGCUGCACAAUCUCAAGAUAUGUUUGCCAGAUUCGCUUCAAUGCAGCUCCCAGCAUUGGAAAAGUCUUUACAAACGAUGCAGUCUAUCAAGCAUUCUUUACAAGGAUUUUUUUCUAACAAAAACCUACAGCUUGAGAUCUUUGAUUUCGUUAGCGGUGCGUCUACAUUUCUCAUCAGGGUCAUCGACCCAAACCACAACUUCCCCUUCAAAAACAUCGCCCUUCCUUUGAUACCUGAUCAGGUUGGUGUUGAAAAUGUUGAUAAUGCAGAUUAUUUACGGCGCAACGCCCCAAUUCCCUUCAAAUAUUAUCCCGAAUUUGUAAUUGAAGGACUAAUAAAUUACACGCAGCACAUUUCUAAGUUCGCAAUGUCUCCACUAUUCGGCAACCCACGUCUGCAUUCCUUCAUCGAGCUGGCAACCGUUGUCUUGAGAUGUCCUGAACUUGUUUCUAACCCUCAUUUGAAAGGAAAACUAGUCCAGGUCUUAAGUUUAGGCGCCAUGCCAAUGCGUGAGAAUACACCGGGAUUCAUGAUGGAUGUUUUCGAACACAACGAUCUAGUCAACGGACAUUUGCUCUAUGCUCUGCUGGACUUCUAUGUCAUAGUGGAAAAAACUGGUUCAUCCUCACAGUUCUACGAUAAGUUCAAUAGCAGAUACAGCAUUUCUGUUCUUUUGGAAGAGCUUUACAAGAUAUCCGAUUAUCGCCGGAAGAUUAUUUGGCAAUCUCAAAACAACGCUGAUUUCUUCGUUCGCUUUGUGGCGAGAAUGCUCAAUGACUUGACAUUCUUGUUAGAUGAAGGGUUGAGCAGUCUUACUGAAGUACACAACAUUCAGCUAGAGCUCGAAAAGAGAUCGCGGGGUGUCGCACCUACGAGGGAAGAAAAUGAUGAAGAAUUACAAUCCAAGCUUGCGUCAUCAGAGAGACAGGCGAAAUCAAGUUGUGGAUUGGCUGAAAAGUCAAUCACUUUGUUCAAUAUUUUCUCCACAGAUAUCCCUGCCGCUUUCUGUACCCCAGAAAUUGUUGAUAGACUAGCGGGAAUGUUAGACUACAAUUUGGCAUCUUUGGUCGGGCCAAAAUGCCGGGAGCUCAAGGUCAAUAAUCCUGAGAAAUACAGCUUUGAUGCCAAGUCUCUGCUUAAAUCGCUUUGCACUGUUUUCACAAAUUUGUCAGAGCAGCCAGAGUUCAUCUGUGCCGUUGCCCGGGAUGGCAGAUCGUUUAGUAGAGCUAUGUUUGACCGCGCUGUUCAUAUUCUAGGCACCAAGACUGGAUUGGCUAGUGAUGAUUUCUGCACUAGACUGUUGCAAUUUGCUCGCGACGCUGAGGAUCAGAAAGUGGCUGAGGAAGAAGAAGACUUGGAGAUGGGCGACGCACCUGAUGAAUAUCUUGACCCACUAAUGUUUACAAUAAUGAAGGAUCCGGUUAUCUUGCCUGCUUCUAGGGUUACAAUUGACCGUAGCACGAUCAAGAGUCAUUUGUUGAGUGAUUCGACAGACCCCUUCAAUAGAAUGCCAUUAAAACUGGAGGAUGUUAUACCGAACGAUGAUUUACGGCAUGAGAUCGAGGCUUUCAAGAGGAAGGCAGCACAUAAUAGAACAUCGCAACAGUAA